AUUAGAUUUAGAUUUCAUUGGGUUUUUUUAGUUAAAACAAAAGGCUUAAACCAGAGCAAUAAGCAAAUAAACAAAGCAAAAGAGAAGAAACCAAAAUACAGUUUGCAGAUAUAUGAAUAUGGAAAGCAGUGAUACUCCCACAUCCUUGCGUCCAGCUGCAGGAGCCACGAUGUUCAACAGUUACAUGUCAGGAGGUUAUUCGGGCGGCAAUGACAUGGGCGAAGAUAUGAAAAUAAGAAAACCUCUUGUAAACUUUUUGGAAGAAUUUGAAAAGCUGCCAUACGAGAUUCAUCGAUAUUCGAGCUUCUCAACAAAUUAUGUGCCAGAAAAUAUACUUGUAGACUGUCCAAGUGAUCAGUCAUCGCGCUGGUCAGCUCACAACAAUAAUCCUCCACAGUUUCUAACGUUAAAACUACGUAGACCUGCCAUAGUUAAGAAAAUCAAAUUUGGAAAAUUCGAAAAAUCCCACGUGUGUAACAUUAAAAAGUUCCGAAUCUAUGGAGGACUGGAUGAGGAGCAUAUGGUGCUACUACUAGAAGGAGGAUUAAGGAAUGAUCACAUACCUGAGACCUUUAGUUUGCGUUGUGUAGCCAAAGAUGUCAGCACAAGUCUGCCUAUUUUAUAUUUAAAAAUUGUUCCAUUAUUAUCAUGGGGUCCUACAUUCAACUAUAGCAUUUGGUACAUUGAACUGAUGGGUCAGGAUGAUCCCAUGUAUACAAACAGUUGUCUUAAGGAUUACAAUAAGUUGCGAGAAGUUGAAAUUAUACGUUUGUGUUUGAAACAUUUUCGACAACAGGGCUACGAUACCGCCUUUAAAGCCCUGCAGGACCAAACUAAUGUACAGCUAGAACAUUCAUUAAUCAGUGAAUUGCAUCAGUGUUUGGUGGUAAAUGGUGAUUUUGAAAAGGCUGAAAAAUUUAUUAGCGAUUGCAUUGAUGAAGGUUUAAUGGAUGAUUAUUUGAACCGUCAGGAUUACAAGCAUGCCUGGCGUUUACAGCAUGUUCAAGGCAAUGCUCAACCGGGCAAUCGUGGUGGUCACCAAUUGGUCAUGGAUGCACAGAAACGUUUGAUUUAUCUCUUUGGCGGUUGGGAUGGCUUCCAAGAUCUUAGCGAUUUAUGGGUUUUCGAUAUACGGAAAAAUUAUUGGACACAGAUAUUCGAGCACUCGGAACAAUUUAAUGGGCCAACACCGCGCUCAUGUCACAAAAUGGUAUUCGAUCCGGUUAGUGAGAACAUUUUUAUGCUGGGACGUUAUCUGGACAAUUCGAUUCGAACCACCGAAUAUAUAAAAAGUGAUUUCUUCUUGUACGAUACACGGGCCCAAACGUGGCUGCAAAUCUGCGAUGACACAUGUCAGGUGGGUGGUCCUCAGCUAAUGUACGACCAUCAGAUGUGUAUUGAUGUCGAGAAGAGAACCAUUUAUGUAUUCGGCGGCAAGGUAUUAACGCCACGCAGUGUCAAUGCCUCGACCACAAGUGAGCCAGAAUAUUCGGGGCUCUUCUCCUAUCACAUAGCCACGAAUACCUGGACCCAAUUACUGGUGGAUUGUCAUCAUCCGACUGCCUCACAGCCCGAUGUUUUGUCCAUAAAAUCUCGCAUAACCCACUGUAUGGUAUUUCACAAUAAAAAACGCAAACUCUAUAUAUACGGGGGUCAACGUGGCAAAGAAGAUAUUCAUGACUUUAUAACCUACAAAGUUGAUUCACAAUCUCUGGAGAUAUUGAAUAGAAAUCCCAGUACGGGCCAAGCAGCUUCCUCGUCAGUUGGUAAUAAUGCCACUGGCAACACUGGAGGUUCAAAUAAUCCAUCGAAUUCUGCCGAUGGCAAAAACGAACCCUCUCCCGGCUAUACACUAAGAGCAACCAUAGACUGUGAACGCAAUGAAAUUUAUAUAUUUUCGAGUUUAAGUAAAAUUAAAGACCGCCGUGACAUUCAUCACGUAGAUGCUUCCAAUUCGUUUUGGGUUUACUCCUUGGACACUCAUCAGUGGUCGCGCAUAUACACUAGCCGCUACAAUUCUUCUUCUUCGGCAAUCGAUAGUACAAAUUUUGACACAAACAAAAAUAAUCUUAUGGAACCCUGUCCUCGCUAUGCCCAUCAAUUUGUGUACGAUGAAACGGCCAAAUUGCAUUAUAUGUUUGGUGGUAAUCCAGGCCGUUCAACAACGCCACAAUUACGCCUAGAUGAUUUUUGGAUAUUGGAGUUGGAAAAACCAAAACGUGAUGAAAUAUUAAAACAUUGUCGCUAUUUGGUGCGCAAAUUACAUUACGAAGAAAUGGCCAAGGCAGAUCCCUACAAAGCAAUGCAUUAUUUAAGGCACAACAUCGCUGAAGUUAUCGAUCACAACAACGAAGAACAAUUAAGAAAUUUCCAUAGAUUAGCAUCGUUGUUGUUCAAGUGUGAUGAUGAUAUAGAGACGGAAGAGCGACGCUUGAAUACACUGCCAUUGGGAGCAACGGGGGCGACAACAACAGUUCUUGCAAAUAUAGAAAAAUCGAAUAUAGUUGAAGAAUGCACUUCGGAUAUGACUUCAACAACGGAUGAAGAUGUUUGUGCUAAAUCCGACGAUAUUACUCAUGCCACCGACGAUUUAUCCAUGGAGUCUUGUGAAAGCUCUGCAACUACUUCAGGUAUUUCGGAUGCCGCCUCAUCGUUUUCUGCCUAUCGUAAAUCCGGAGGAAAACGCUCUCGUCAAAGUUAUCUGUAUGAAUUGAGAUCUCGUCGUUCUUUUCUUUUCAAUACCCUCGUUCAAUUGAUGCCUUCGAAUAUGGUUCAACCGGAACGUAAUCUCAGUGAUUUUGUUAUUAUCUAGGCAUUAAAUUAAAUUUAAUUCUACAACGAUAUCCAUUUGUUUGUAAAGCUUGGAAAAAAAAGACUUUAGAUUUAAAAUAUGUGAAUUUUUUAUAUUUCCAUUUUGUUCAUAAAAAAAUUGUCUUAAAAGAUUGAAUGUAAAGUUUUAAAAAUAUUACUCUUGUGUAAGUUUUUUCGAUUAUUUUUAUGUUCAUUUCAGUUUAUUUUGUAUGGAAACAUUUGUAUUGUGAUAAGUAAAAUCUACUCAAAAAAUCUUUAUAGAAAUAUUUAUUUGUUAUACGUAAAUGCUUGAUUUCUUUGUUUUAUUAUUAAAACUUCGUUUUUAUGUAGGCAACUCCGGACAAAGUCCCCAAGAUACAAAAUAAUGUGCAUACGAAAACGAAGAAUAAUCGAUUGCUUAUACCAAACGUGUUAUAAAAUUACUUUAAAUAGACUUUUAUCUAAGAUACUGAAAUAAUAAUUUUUCAUACUUUAAUACAAAAUAAAAAACCAAAAGUUA